GGAUAUUUAUCGGACAUUCCUUGGAAUACCGACAUUCCUGACCUUCAAGUACCUACCUAUGUAUUUUAGGUAAAUUCACUUCUCCAAUGACCAUAAAAGUAAUGAUGGCUAUGAUUGCAGUGGUAUUAUUUGUGAGCCUCAUCGUUUUUACAUCGGCAAACGAAGUGAGACCACUUUGCCCCCCCAAUGAACAUUACACAAACUGUGUAAACGAUUGCAGAGUAUGCGCUGAUCCAAAGAAAAAUCUGUGUAACAAUUCUGUUUGCAAUAAGGGUUGCGAGUGUGAUGAUGGAUUCAUCAGGAUAAAGCAACCUGAUGGAAUGUGCAUCCAGAGUGAAAAAUGCGUGAACUGUGGAAAUCCAGACUUCGAAUUCAGGGAAUGCGGUUCCAGUUGCAAAACCACGUGUCAGGAUGGUAAUAUCAUAAGAAAUGUUUGCCCGAGGGUCUGCGAGCCUGGAUGUUAUUGCAAGGGAAAUAAAGUUCUCGACGAAACCGAAAACAAAUGCCUUUCGCUGGCAGAGUGCAAGCAGAGGAAGAAGAAAUAGGAGAAUUUCAUCAGCUUGUUAAGCAGCUCAACGCUAAGGGAUUAUUUUAUGUUUAGUUUUAUGAAUUCCACUUAUUUCUGCACUUUUAUGAUGAAUAGAAAUCAACAAUAAUG